CCUGCAAAGAUUUAUCGGUGAAAAAGUGAUGGCCGAGCGGGGAGCUCUGUCGCUCCUCUCCCUCCUCUGCCUCACCUCUCUCCACACGGACUCCACCGCCGCCAAGCAUGUCGACAAAGGUUCAGCAGCGCAGCCCUUCAACCCCUUCUGGUUCACGGCGGAGCCCCAGGACACGCUGGCCGUUCGGGGGAACUCGGCACUGCUCAACUGCUCGGCCCACAGCGACGCGGCGACGCCGGCACGCAUAGAGUGGAAGAAAGACGGCACCUUCAUGAGCCUGGUUUCGGACGAGAGGCGGAACAUACUUCCCGAUGGCUCGCUGUUUUUCGCCCACGUGGUCCACUCCAAGCACAACAAGCCCGACGAGGGAACCUAUCAGUGUGUGGCCACCAUCGACAACAUCGGAUCCAUCUCCAGCCAGACGGCCCGUCUCUCCGUAGCAGGCAUGCCAAGGUUCGCCAGCCAGCCGUCGGCGGCCACCGUGCAUCUAGGGAACAACCAGGUGAUGGCGUGUGAGGUCAACUCAGAUCUGGUGCCCUUCACCAGGUGGGAGAAGGACCGCCUGCCUCUGGAGCUGAGCGCCAGGCUGGUCCAGCUGCCCAGCGGAGCCCUGGUGAUCAGCAACGCCACGGAGGCAGACGCCGGCCUCUACCGCUGUCUGGUGGAAAAUGUGGGGUCGUCCAAGUCCAGCGACGAGGCCACGCUCCAGAUACUGCCAGAAACCGGAGAAGAGAGGAAGCCGGAGUUCCUGGUGCAGGCCGCGGCGGCGACCAAGUCGGUGGGCGCCAGCGUGCUGCUGCCCUGCGUGGCCACUGGUUUCCCUGCGCCGCACGUUCGUUGGAUGUUUGGAGACAAGCUGCUGGAAGAAAGCGAGGGUCGUGUGGAGAUGCUGGGAGGAGGAAGUAUCCAGAUCUCCAACCUCACAGAGGAGGACGGCGGCGUCUACACCUGCACGGCGGACAACGGCAACGCAACCAUCGAAGCCGAGGUCCAACUCACCAUAGAAGUUCCUCCCCAGUUUGUCAAGCGGCCGGACAACAUUUAUGCCUAUGAGUCCAUGGACAUCGUCUUUGAGUGUGAGGUGUCGGGGUCACCGGCUCCCACUGUCAAAUGGGUCAAGAACGGAGACGCUGUCAUCCCCAGUGACUACUUCAAAAUAAUUAAGGAGCACAACCUGCAGGUUCUGGGUCUGGUCAAGUCCGAUGAGGGUUUCUAUCAGUGCCUUGCGGAAAACGAUGCGGGCAACAUCCAGUCCAGCGCCCAGCUCAUCAUCCUCGAUCACGAUGUAGCCCUGCCCUCUUUCCCUCCCCCCUCACUGACUCCUAACACUACUGACCAUGUAACGCCAGGCUCCGGAGGUGUGGUCAGUCCAGCGGGGCCCGCCCCCUGCCCCCGGGACGUCGUGGCUUCUCUGGUUUCCACCCGCUUCAUCAAGCUCACCUGGCGCCCGCCAGCAGAACCCCACGGAGACGAGUUAACCUACUCCGUUUUCUACAGCCAGGACGGAACUAGCAGGGAGCGAGUGGUGAAUACCAGCCGUCCAGGGGAGAUGCAGGUCACCAUCCAGAACCUCAUGCCAGACACCAAAUAUCGCUUCAGGGUUGUGGGGCACAACAGCAACGGCCAGGGAGAGAGCUCUGCAGCGCUCAAAGUGGCCACCCAGGCUGAAGUGCAAGUGCCCGGCCCUGCUCCUAACCUGCAGGCGGUAUCCAACGCGCCAACCUCCGUCUCUCUGAGCUGGGACAAACCGCUCACUGGCAACGGAGAGAUGCUCACCUACAAGUUGUACUACACCGACAAAAGCUUUGGCACCGAACAGGACGUCGACGUCGAUAGUCAGUCGUACACCAUGAAUGGGCUGAAGAAGAACACAGAGUACAAUUUCCGUGUUGUGGCCAACAACCAGCACGGUCCAGGCGUCUCCACGGACGACAUUGUUGUUCGCACGUUGUCUGACGUACCAAGUGCUCCUCCUCAAAACCUCACCGUGGAGGUCCAGAACUCAAAGAGCAUCAUGCUCCGGUGGCAGCCCCCGCCCCUUAACGGCCAGAAUGGGGAGAUCACCGGCUACAAGAUCCGAUACCGGAAAGGAUCUCGACGGAGUGAAGCAGCCGAGACCACCGGAGGGACCCAGCUUUUGAAGCUCAUUGACGGUCUGGAGCGUGGGACAGAGUACUCCUUCCGGGUGUCGGCCAUGACGGUGAACGGCACGGGACCGGCCACCGAGUGGACCGCGGCAGAGACGUUUGAGAGCGACCUGGAUGAAUCUCGUGUACCGGACCAGCCCAGCUCCCUCCAUGUGCGGCCGCUGGUCAACAGCAUCGUGGUGAGCUGGACGCCGCCAGAGAACCAGGACAUCGUGGUGCGCGGUUACACCAUCGGCUACGGCAUCGGCAGUCCCCAUGCUCAGACCAUCAAAGUGGACUACAAGCAGCGCUACUACACCAUCGAGAACCUCGAUGCCAGCUCCCACUAUGUGAUCACCCUGAAGGCCUUCAAUAACGUGGGUGAGGGGAUCCCCGUGUAUGAGAGCGCCAUCACCAGACCACAGUCCGACGCCAUAGAUCCCGAUGUUGACCUGUACGAACUCUUCCAUGCUCCAUACACCCCAGUACCAGAUCCCUCCCCCAUGAUGCCACCCGUGGGCGUUCAGGCCUCCGUGCUGAGCCACGACACCAUCAAGGUGACCUGGGCCGACAACUCGCUGCCCAAGAACCAAAAGAUCACAGAUAUCCGAUUCUACACAGUCCGCUGGAAGACCAACAUCCCCGCCAACACUAAAGUGAAGAUGGCCAACACCACCAGCCUGAACCACAUGGUGACCGGUCUGAAGCCCAACACACUCUACGAGUUCUCCGUCAUGGUGACCAAAGGGCGCCGCUCCAGCACCUGGAGCAUGACCGCACAGGGCACCACCUUCGAGACCAUUCCCAGCUCCUCCCCGAAAGACGUGACCGUGGUGAGCAAAGAGAACAAACCUCGCACCAUCAUAGUCAACUGGCAGCCUCCCUCUGAGGCCAAUGGAAAGAUCACUGGCUACAUCAUCUACUACAGUACAGAUGUAAACGCUGAGGUCCACGACUGGGUUAUUGAACCAGUGGUGGGGAACCGCCUGACCCACCAGAUCCAGGAGCUGACGCUGGACACCACCUACUACUUCAAGAUCCAGGCCCGAAACUCAAAGGGCAUGGGCCCCAUGUCUGAGGCCGUUCAUUUCCGCACUCCAAAGACCUCAAAUCUUCCACCGAAACCGGGGCCUUCAGGCAACCAAAAUCCACAGGACCCAGGAAAUCCAGUUGGUAAAUCAGGGGUCGGAGGAAACAGCGAAGGUCACAUCCUGGUCAUUGUCAUCAUCAUCUCGGUGGGAGCCUUCACCAUCAUCGUGGUGGUGGUUGGGGCCUUUCUGUGCACGCGGCGCACCACGUCCCACCAGAAAAAAAAGCGAGCUGCCUCCAAGUCCUCAAACGGCUCCCACAAAUACAAGGGGAACUCCAAAGACCUGAAGCCACCUGAUCUUUGGAUCCACCACGAGAGGCUGGAACUGAAACCCAUGGACAAGUCGCCAGACCCCAACCCGGUCAUGACCGAAACGCCCAUCCCCCGCUCCUCGCAGGACAUCACGCCGGCUGAUAGCGGCCUGGAUAACAACCCCCACCUGCAGCAGCGGCGCAACUCCUACCGUGGCCACGAGUCAGAGGACAGCAUGUCUUCACUAGCAGGCCGACGAGGGAUGAGGCCUAAAAUGAUGAUGCCUUUUGACUCACAGCCACCUCAGCCUGUGAUUAGUGCUCACCCCAUCCAUUCCCUUGAUAACCAUCACCACCAUUAUCACAUGGGCAGCCUGGCGUCGCCGACACGCAGCUACCUCUACCACCAGGGCGGCGGGCACCCACGCCCGCACGCCUGCGCCACCCCCAUCUCCCACCUAGAGAGGGUGGACUCCACAGAAUCUGUGAGGAAUACCCCCAGUUCGGAACCCCUUCCUCCAGCCGCCGCCUCCUCCUCCCAGGCCUCCUGCCCCUCGGAGAUCAUGGUCGACACCGAGGGCAGCUACCACGGCUCCACCACCACCGAGGAGGAGCCCAGCUACUCCAGCAACCUGCCCCCCCACCGCCCGGCCCACCCGCACGCCCACGCACACCCUCUCAAGAGCUUCGGCGUGCAGUCCAUCUCGUCGACCGGCCAUCCGUCGUUUGAGUCGCCUGCCCUGCCCAGCACGCCGCUGCUCGCUCAGACCGGGCCUCCUUCUCACCCCCAUGUUGUUAAAACAGCCUGUAUCGGAACACUAGGAAGGACACGAACACCGAUGGUCGUCACCGUGCCGAACGCCCCCGACGUGCCGGAGACGAGCAAGAUGCUGGAGGACGUGGACAGCAGCUACGAGCCCGACGAGCUGACCGAGGAGAUGGCCCACCUCGAGGGCCUCAUGAAGGACCUGAACGCCAUCACCACAGCGCCAUGAGCACCCACACACACACACCUACACACACCACACACACACACACACACACACACACUCUCUCUCCGUCAUCCAAAUGUACACACAGAAAAGACGCACACUCUAAAGUCAAACAAACACGCCCCAAACAUGAACCUUGGGAGCCCAGAGGCCGAUGGACACAAAAUGGCUUCUUGUGCCCAAGAAAAACUCUCACGUCCCCCUGCAGAGAAAAAACAAAAACAAGCAAAACAAACAAACUCCAGACUGAAACUUAGGAACUUUUUUCGGCUUACCUUGCUCAGUCUCAGGAAGGAGAUUGCCAUGAGAGGGAAGAAAAAGUGACGAGCUUCAUCUUUUAAUGAAGAACCAUUCUCAGAGACAAUGAACUUUAAAACAUUGGUCGCUUUCAACCGGAAGAUUGUGAAUGCUUUCCUCAGCAAAAAUCCGUACACUAGGGUGUGUGUGUUUUUUUUUUUUGUGUGUGUGUGUGUGUGGCGAACGUUUUCGCUCAAGAAAAGACGGCGGUUGAUUCAAUGUCUAGUCAAAAGGAGAAAGUCCAAAAAUAUGCUGGUUUUGAUGUUGGUGCUCAUGCGGCGCAGUCUACACACAGUGUUUGUUUGAUUAGUGUUUUCUUUGUGCAUUUUGUAUAUCUAUUGGGCCGUUUCAGUGAAGUGAACAUUGGAUAUCAGCCCCCCCUCCCCCUCCCCCCUUUUUACAAGCCUACAUUAUUCAUAAACAAUGUUUUUACCCCCCCUUGUGUCAUAUAUUGUGUCAUGACUUUUUAUUAUUUUUUAUGUUAUUGUAUUAUUUUUUUACACACAUAUCCUUAUAAACAUGUACAUAUGUGUUUUUUUUUUUUUU